AUUUUUGGUGUAAAUUACAUUGUAUAAGCAAGCCAUUAGGCACAAGCAGGAAGAACAAAUUCAACCUUACAGUAUUUUAUAAGAUGUAAAGCUGCUGCCCACAAAAUAUUGAAAACGUCAAUCAAGGUGAAGUGGGACAGUUUGCUGAUUUAGGUUCUUCUAGAUUGAAUUUACUGCAGAGAAAAAAAUGACACCAUCAACAGAUCAAGAGGAGUUACUGAUACCAACAAUACCAAUUUUUUUUUAACUUUAUUGCCUUAAGAUGCUAAAUUAGCAGAAAACAGUAAAUGUCAAACAGUUUUAAAGAUAUUUGUCAGUGCAGAUUCUCUAGGAAACUUGCACCAUUUGGAAAGGAGUUUAAAAGGUUCAUCGGUUUUCAGAGUAUGGCAGUGAGAUGGUCAAAUCCAUCUUUCUUUAAUUCAUCAAUGAAUCAAGUAUUAAUAAACGGGGCAGAACAUACUUUUCACUUGUUCUAGGUGAACUUCUCAAACCCUUAAGACUUAGCUGAAAUUGGGUCCUGCAAGAAAAUGUCGAAUAUUAUUCAGAAAACUCUUCAAUUUCAGAUGAAGCAGUCAAAGUUCACACCUCCGUUAAGGACGCACCGUGGCAGGAUGUUUAGAGUACUUCAUCUGUGGACCUAGGUGCGUAGACCAGGUGGCUGAAAAUGGAGGAUCACGCCGUUCACCAGACAGAACACAUGACCACGAUCGAGGCGAGCGCCGUCAGCCAACAGGUACAUGUGGCCACAUACACAGAUACGUCUAUGAUGAGUGCAGACGAAGACUCAUCCUCCUCGCCAGAUGAUGACCCGUAUGACGACACAGACAUCCUUAACUCAGCUGGUACUGAUGAAGUUACUGCUCACCUGGCUGCUGCAGGUCCAGUAGGCAUGGCAGCCGCUGCUGCUGUGGCAACUGGUAAGAAAAGAAAACGACCUCAUAUCUUUGAAUCCAACCCUUCCAUUCGCAAAAGGCAGCAAACCCGUCUGCUCAGAAAACUGCGAGCCACGCUGGAUGAGUAUACAACCAGAGUAGGCCAACAAGCCAUAGUGCUGUGCAUCUCUCCCUCCAAACCAAACCCUGUUUUUAAAGUGUUUGGUGCUGCUCCUCUGGAGAAUGUGGUGAGAAAGUACAAGGGCAUGUUGUUGGAGGAUCUGGAGAGCGCGUUGGCGGAGCACGCCCCGGCCGGUGGAGAGCUGGCCUCGGAGCUGCCCCCCCUCACCAUUGAUGGCAUCCCUGUGUCUGUGGAUAAGAUGACACAGGCCCAACUGCGAGCGUUCAUCCCAGAGAUGCUGAAGUACUCCACAGGCAGAGGGAAGCCCGGCUGGGGUAAGGAGAGCUGCAAGCCAGUGUGGUGGCCUGAGGAUAUCCCGUGGGCCAAUGUUCGCAGCGAUGUCCGCACAGAAGAGCAGAAACAGAGGGUGUCUUGGACUCAAGCACUGCGGACAAUAGUGAAGAACUGCUAUAAACAGCACGGCCGUGAAGAUCUCCUCUACGCUUUCGAAGAUCAGCAGGUUCCCACGACAGCCACCACACAGCACCACCUAACCACGGCGCAGAGCAUAGCUCACCUUGUGCCCUCACAAACCGUUGUACAGACCAUCAACAACCCCGACGGAACGGUGUCUCUAAUCCAGGUCGGCACGGGUCAUACAGUUGCUACUCUCGCAGAUGCCUCAGAGCUUCCUGGUGUUACAGUGGCACAGGUUAACUACUCAACUGUUACUGAUGGAGAGGUGGAACAGAACUGGGCCACUCUACAAGGCGGAGAGAUGACAAUCCAAACGACUCAAGCGUCCGAGGCCACGCAGGCGGUAGCAUCGCUGGCUGAAGCUGCAGUCGCUGCCAGUCAGGAUAUGCAGUCUGGAGCCACAGUCACUAUGGCGCUCAACAGUGAGGCAGCAGCCCAUGCUGUAGCGACGUUGGCGGAAGCCACCCUUCAAGGAGGGGGGCAGAUCGUGCUGGCGGAGACGGCCGCCGCCGUCGGAGCUCUCGCGGGGGUUCAAGAUGCAACAGGUCUCGUCCAGAUCCCGGUCAGCAUGUACCAGACCGUAGUCACCAGCCUCGCCCAGGGUAACCGGCCCGUCCAGGUUGCCAUGGCACCUGUCGCCACACGCAUAGAUAACACUGUCACACUAGACGGCCAGGCAGUGGAGGUUGUGACCCUGGAGCAAUGACACUAUGGACCUUAAAAAAAAAUAGUAGAAAGCACUGAAUGGCCACCUUGGAGACUUGUUUCCCUCUCAUGUUUUCCAAGACUUCACAUUGUGUACAAUGUUAAAUAUAUUUUUAAAUGUACAUAUGCAGGGGAAAUGAAAGUGAAUGAUUGUUGCAUUGUGUUUACUAUGUAAAGAUAUUGAUUUUGGCUGUGUGUGUCAUUAAGCUUCAUAUUUUUUAAAGAUCUUUCAUGUUGCCUGUUUAGUAUUUAUAUUUUUUUUUGUUUUUUGCAAAUAGCCCAUACUUAAAACAAACCAAAACACAUGGGAGGAAAGCCACGAAAUGUCAAAGUGUAUAAAUGAUCGAUAUUUUUUUGUACCUUUUGAUGUGUAUGACUAUUCCGUUUUAGGAUGCAUUUAAAACUCGUUUUGCUCUUUAGUCUUUUCCCAUAAUUAGAAACUGUUCUCACUUAAUUUUCAGCACGUGUGCUGUCGACACUCCCAGUUGGUAUAAAACAUCAAAAAUAAUCGUUUUGGUCUCAUCUGCUGUAGUCCAAACACAUGCCAAACUCGCUGACUCAGGAUGUACAUCAAGGUGUUGUCUACUGCUGUUUUGCUUAGAAUACCUAUUGGAGCAGUCUUUGUCAGAUGUUUAUUUAUACUGCAUGGAUGGAGGAGCACCCCAUUAAGUGUUUAUUUUUUUUUAUUAACUCCUUUGUAUGUCACUUACAACCAGUAUACAUCAUUUUGUACAUGACAGGAAGUUGCACAUGGACAGGAAGUGCAGCGUUAGCCAAGCUAAUGAGCAUUUUCAGCGGAAACAACAUUGCUUGCCAAAACUGAUGCAGCUGUUACAGUCGGUUUAGCUUUCAUUCCCGUUUGUGUAUUUGAAAAAAUAAAGUCCAGAAAUGUC